AUAGAUUUCCCAGAAUUGGCAACAUCAAUCAAUUCAACAGUUCAACAACUUUUUUUUUUCUUUUUGGAUCAAUUUAGAAGUAAAAAGGGAUAUGUAGCAUCAAAUUUUCUAAAACUUCAAGCAAAUUACGCCGAUAUUCUGUUAAAAUCAUCAAAUUGGCGAUGGUCGGUUAAAUAUCAACAAACAUACAAAGAUCCUAUACAUCAUGAACCAGAUAGUAAAAUUGACCAAAUAGAUAAAAUUUCUAAACAAGAAAAUAAGCUGGAACAUGAAAAUAUCAUAGCCUCAACACUUGAAAAUUCCACAGCCAAAGCAUCACCAGAAACCAUUCACGAAACGAAGAUACUUAAAGUACUUAAAGCAUCCAAAAUGCCAGCUACUAGAGUUUCCAGAUUGUUUCAUUAUAGCGGUUUGGCUAUUGGAUUAGGUGUAGGUGCUCUCAGUGAGACAUUCAGAAGGGCUACUGGAGUUUCUGAUACAAAAAGUAGUUCUGUAUUUGUAAAUGAAGCCAAUAUAGAUCGUUUAGUUGACAAAUUAACAAAGAUGAGGGGUGCCGCAUUGAAAUUGGGACAAAUGUUAAGUAUUCAAGGUAACGAAAUGUUACCAGAUCCACUAGAAAAACUUAUAUUAAAAGUCCAGGAUAGCGCUAAUUACAUGCCAAUUUGGCAGAUGGAAAAAAUAAUGCUAACAGAACUUGGUCAAAAUUGGCGCGAAAAUUUUUCAUAUUUUGACUCAACUCCAAUAGCUGCGGCUUCUAUAGGACAAGUACAUGGUGCUGAGCUUGCAUCAACUAAAAUGAAGUUAGCUAUUAAAAUUCAAUAUCCCGGUAUUGUUGCUUCAAUUGAUUCUGAUCUCAAUAAUUUAAGGACUUUAGUAAGA